AUGAGUGCCAGUGUCGAACCACCCAUGCUCUCAGAAAACGUCACUGCAGAUAUAAUCAAUCCAUCAACUGCAUAUUCGCCCGCCUCCAAGUCUCAGGCUGAAAGAAAAUUUUCCACCGUAACAGAGGACCGAAGCUUCAUUCCAGCAACGAUGCGAGCCCUGUACUACUCGCCAGCCUCGGGACCAAAUACAAACACAUAUCCAGUACGCGGCUCCAUCCCAGCUCGAGAAGAGAGCAGUUUAAGCCCGACCGUCCGUGCCGACUCUAUGGCGCAAAGGGAGAAUAGUGUCAUCGAUCCCCGAACCGAUUCUAUAGCUUUUACAGAUAGUAGAGCCGACGUACCAAGUCCUCGAACAGUCCCCGAACCUACAUCCACUGCAACACGAAAUCAAAAGCCUGGUCCAGCAGGGAGCCUCGUCCUCGAUACGGAUUUUCCGACUCCUCAACCAGCAAGACAUCAGUAUCUCCUCAAAGUUCUUACCGCGGCAUUUUGUCAGGAUGAAUUACGAUUGGCAAUGGCUUUGAAUCCGAGUAAGACGACACCCCAGGUACCGCUACAUAGUGUCUGCGCUACAGUCAUCACUACACCGCCACAGGAUGAAGACCGACCACUUGGACCAAGGUAUAAAAUCGGAGAUGUGGUCUGGGGAGUCCUGAGCUAUACUCGAGACGGUGGCGCAGCGGACUUUGUUAUUGCCAAUGAAAAUGAACUUGCCUUGAAGCCGCCAAAUAUCACAGCCACAGAAGCCGCAGCACUUGCAUUACCGGCAUUAACAGCCUGGGGCGCAUUCUUUCGGGUGGCGGGCCUCGAUCCUGACGCUGCAGCCCAUCUGAAUGGCGAUGGAGCCAAUGGAGACAGACAAAGUGGCAGCGGCGCCAAAAGUGGAAAAGGCAGUGGUUACAGCGGCUACAGGGGUAGUGGCAAAAGUGCGCCUGAACAAAGGGGUAGUCUUUCACGACUGAGUCUUGGAAAAGGAGGAUUCGGGUUUGGAGGUGGAAGUUCAAGUGGAAGUGGAAGUGGAAGCAGCAUCGGGCAUCGAUUCAGUCUGGCCAAUUUGACUGGCAGCAAACCCGAACCCAGUCCGAAUGUCAGUCCUGGUCUUAGUCCAAGCGCUAGUCCCAGUGCAACUGGAAGUGGAAGCACAGGUGGGACUAGCACUGGACGAAAGCUUAGCAUGGCGAGCCUAGGCAGUAUCGCUGCAGCCAGUACGCGGAAACUGAGCCUUACAAGCAGUGGUAGCAGUGCGACCACCAAUGGGUUCAGGAGGAAGAAGCCACUGCGUAUACUUGUGACGAAUGCCCGUGAUAGUGAAGUCGGUCGAGUAGCGGUGCAACUACUCCGAGCCGAGAAAAUAUUUCCGUCUUCCUUACCCCGACCCUGGAUCUGUGUGACGUGUACAGUGGCAGAAGAGACUGUUCUUCGAGGGGAUUGGAGUGUUGAUGAGAUCCUUGUGAUCCCGCAUCUUCCAACCAAAGAUGAAUGUGACCUCGGGAGCAUGUUCCGGGAACGACGAUGGGAUCCUGUGGAUAUUGUGCUAGAUUGUACAGGCGGAGAAGUGUUUCGACAGGCUCACUCAAAAGAUGUAGUGCGGGAUUCGGGCGCUGUGUUGACGGCUGUGGAUCCUAAACCAGUGCAAGAACCUGCCACGGCAUAUGAGCAGGAUAUGCUGAAGCAGCGGAAGAGAGGAUUGAAGAGUCGGUUUGUGCCUGUGGUUCCGGAUGCUGCGGCAAUGAAGCGCAUCUCUGAGUUGGUAGAAGAUCGAGUGUUACGGGGACGUGAAGAACAGGUCGUUGAUCUGAAUAGAGCUGCGAAGUUGCUUGAGGGCAAAGCGGCGGGUGCAGCGGGAAGUCGGCGAGGAGGGAUGAUGGUGGUUCGUAUCAACAAUGUUUGUUAA